AUGAGCUUGAACGAAUUCCGAGCCCAAUUCUUGGACAAGGCUCAAUUUUGUCCAGAAUUUCUAGAGAAUGAUCAAUUGCUCAAAGAGCAAUUUUACUUGAAGUUGAAAAAGAGCCUACGAGAGAAGAUUAGCCUACGCCAAAUGGAGUCUUUCUCCAUGUUGGAGGAUGUGGCUAGGGACCACGAGAUUGAGAUGGCUAGGGUGGAUGAAGGCGAGUUAAUAAGGAAGCACGAAGAUGUGAAUUCUCCCAACAAACGGUUCAAACAAGAGGGUAGUUACGGUAACAACUCUCAUAGAAGAAACAUUCCCUUUUGCCGUCAAUGCAAGAGGAAUCACUCAGGGGCAUGUAAGGCGACAGAUAGAGGUUGUUAUACUUGUGGGAAGCUGGGGCACACUAGUCGGGAGUGCCGGUCAAAGCCCCAAAAGCCCGUUUAUUGUUUCAAAUGUUUUGAAGAGGGCCACAUGAGAAACUCAUGUCCUAAAUUGACCGAGGAGGAAAGACUUGAGGAAAGGAGGAAAGAAGCGGAAAGGAAGAAUGCUCAAGCUCACGAAAAUCCAUGUGGAAGAUCUUUUCAACUCACGGUGGAACAAGCAAGAAAUACGGAUGACGUUGUCACAUGUACAUUUCUUGUAUAUAAUGUGCCUAUGCGUAUUCUCUUUGAUUCGGGGGCAAAUAGAUCAUUUGUUGCCACUAGGGUAAUUCAUGUUAUUCCCGUGCCUAAGUCGUAUCUAGAAAAUACCUUGCAAGUUGAGGUUGGAAAUGGUAUGAUGGAAUUUGUGAAGGAUGUUUAUAAAGGGUGUGAGAUCAAGAUUUCUUAG